AUGCUGGGCUGGGCCGAGGGCGCGUGUCCGCACCAGCUGCUGGGCCGGCUGCGCUUGGUGCGCGAGGCGACGGGGCGGCUGAGCCGGGCGGAGGCGCCGCCCGCCGCGCUGUGCUACGUGCCCCGCGAGGUGCAGUACAAGAUGUGCAAGGACCCCAGCGCGCCCCCCGCGCUCGCCUCGGCCUCGGGCCGGAGCCUGCUGCCCGUGUGGGGCAGCCCGGGCCAGGCCGGCGCCGGCGGCAGGAAGGGCCCGGGCAGGGGCACCGUCGAGCUGCGCAAGGGCUCGUGCGUCCGAGCCAGCGGCGAGGAGUAUUGCAACGGGCACGGCCUCUGGGUGAGGCUCACCCGGGAGCAGCUGGAGGAAUACAAGACUGGCUGUGAUCUGGAGGAAGGCUGGGUACUGAUGUGCAAGCAUGCCGAUGGUGGGGACAGGCUCGUGCCGGUGGAAUCUAUGGAAAGAAUCCAGAGGCAGCAGCAACUCUUUGGGGUGGACUAUAAGCCUGUGAUCAGAUGGGAGCAGGUAGUGGAUUUAACAUAUUCCCUGCGUCUUGGGGCCAAACCAAAAAUCAUGGAGCCAGAUGUAGCUGCAGUAGAGAGACUCCGGUUUGUGCCUCCAACAUGGAGUUAUGAGUGUGAUGAAGAUCUGGUGCAUUUUCUCUACGAUCACAUUGGCAAGGAGGAUGAGAAUCUGGGCAGCAUCAAGCAAUACGUGGAUAGCAUCGAUGUCUCUUCCUACACGGAAGAGUUCAACGUUUCGUGCCUGACAGACAACCAUGCAGACACCUACUGGGAGAGUGACGGAUCCCAGGGCCAGCACUGGGUCCGUCUCAAUAUGAAGAAAGGAACCAUCAUCAAGAAAUUGUUCCUGACAGUGGACACAACAGACGAGAACUUCAUGCCCAAGCGUGUGGCUGUCUAUGGUGGUGAGGGUGACAAUCUGAAGAAGCUGAGUGAUGUGGGCAUUGAUGAGAGCUACAUCGGGGAUGUGUGUGUGCUGGAAGACAUGACUGCUCAUUUGCCUGUCAUUGAAAUCCGCAUUGUGGAAUGCAGAGAUGAUGGGAUUGACGUCCGCCUCCGGGGUAUAAAGAUCAAAUCGUCUCGGCAGAGGGAACUGGGGCUCAACGCAGAUAUGUUUCAGCCAGCCAACCUGGUGAGGUAUCCUCGUUUGGAAGGGACAGACCCUGAUGUGCUCUACCGGCGUGCUGUGGUCAUCCAGAGGUUUAUCAAGAUCUUGGACAGUGUUCUUCACCACCUUGUCCCAGCCUGGGACCACACCCUUGGCACAUUCAGCCAACUCAAGCGUAUCAAGCAAUUCCUGUUGUUGUCCAAGCGGCGCACAGUGUUAAUCACCCAGUGCCUCAAGGAUUCUGAGACUAGCAAGCCAAACUUCAUGCCUCGCCUCUACAUCAAUCGGCGCCUGGCCAUGGAGCAUCGUGACAAUCCAGCCCUUGAUCCCAGCUGCAAAAACACUGUCUUCUCCCAGGUGUAUGAAGGCCUGAAACCCACUGACAAGUGUGAAAAGCCCCUGGAUUAUAGGUGGCCACUUCGUUAUGACCAGUGGUGGGAAUGUAAAUUCAUUGCUGAAGGCAUAAUUGACCAGGGUGGUGGUUUCCGGGACAGUAUUGCUGAUAUGUCUGAGGAGUUGUGUCCCAGCUCAGCUGAGAGCCCUGUACCACUGCCUUUUUUUGUUCGCACAUCCAACCAGGGUAGUGGUACUGGAGAGGCCCGAGACAUGUACGUCCCCAACCCAUCCUGCAAGGAGUUCACCAAAUAUGAGUGGAUUGGGCAGAUCAUGGGUGCGGCCCUGCGUGGCAAGGAGUUCCUGGUCCUGGCCCUACCUGGCUUUGUCUGGAAGCAGCUGACAGGCGAGGAAGUGAGCUGGAGCAAGGAUUUCCCUGCUGUUGACUCUGUGCUGGUGAAGCUCCUAGAGAUGAUGGAAGGAAUGGACAAAGAGACCUUUGAGUUCAAGUUUGGAAAUGAACUGACCUACACCACAGUAUUGAGUGACCAGAGCAUGGUGGAACUUAUCCCUGGCGGCACUCGCAUGAUAGUGCACUAUGAAGACCGCCUGGACUUCAUUCGGCUGGUGCAGGAAGCACGGCUAACGGAGAGCAAGGAGCAGAUUGCAGCCAUGCAGGCUGGACUCCUCAAGGUUGUACCUCAAGCUGUGUUGGACCUGCUCACUUGGCAGGAACUGGAGAAGAAGGUCUGCGGUGACCCUGAAGUGACAGUUGAGGCCCUGAAGAAACUCACUCGCUUUGAGGAUUUUGAACCAUCAGACACCCGAAUUCAGUAUUUCUGGGAGGCGCUGAACAACUUUACUAAUGAGGAUCGCAGUCGCUUCCUGAGGUUUGUUACCGGCAGGAGUCGACUUCCUGCUCGAAUUUAUAUCUAUCCUGACAAGUUAGGCUCUGAGACCACAGAUGCCCUUCCAGAAUCAUCCACCUGCUCCAGCACACUAUUUUUGCCCAACUAUGCCUCUGCCAAGGUCUGUGAGGAAAAGUUGCGUUAUGCAGCAUAUAACUGUGUGGCUAUUGACACAGAUAUGAGCCCAUGGGAGGAAUGAUGCUACAUGGGAUAUCUUGCCAAUCAGUUCUUCUGCUUUUUUGUAGCUGCUACAUGAAUGACUCUCUUAGUGUUCUUUCCCUGUGUCCCCA